AUGGAUCCGCUGCAGACAUGGCUGGUGCAAGCGGAUGAGGUGUCUGGGAGUGAGAGGCGAUGUUGCUCUGUGAUAGCCUACGCUGAAGUUCCGAGGAUGAGAUUUGUCCGGGGCAGUGAGAAUCCUGUGGGGCACUCAGGGAGGGCAGAGGGGAACGAGCCCGGCAGGAGCCGACCUGCCCUGGAAGCCGAGAAACAGAGGGCCUGGGGGAGGCCUGGACACCUGGAUUGCCCAACAUACCCGCCGCCAGUCUGCCUGCUGACAUUGCUACCACUUUUCGGCUACCACUUCAGCUUUCCACCGCGAGCAAUCAUUAUCGCCAAGUUCCAUGAUCCAUCGCGUCUAGCAUCAAGACUCACCAUCACUUUCCUUCUCAUGACGACGUCAGAUGAGAUGGACGGCUUGUCUGCCGACCCACGGUUCCUCGAAUUACAAGAGCAACUGAGGGACGCUGUCUUCACUGGAUUAUCCACGCUGAGUCCGAGCCGCUGGGCGACUCCAGAACCCCAAGCGACCCCCGCUGCCACCCACGACAACAGCGAACAGCCGCGGAAGAAUCGACGUCUGGACUACGCCAGCACCAGCAUUCCUCAGGUCCGCCUAAUAAACUACCUCCGCAACUGGGUCACUGAAUGUGCACCGUACCUGGACAAAUUCGAUGAGGCCCGGCAUUUUCAGAUACAGGUGCCCAUCCUGGCACAGAAAUCACCGGCACUCUUCUACGCGAUUCUUGCCUUCUCAGCCCGCCAAAUGGAGAGACGGAACCCCUCGUUGCCUGAGAGCUACGACAGCCUGGAGCUUUACCAGCAGAGCAUCUUGGCAUUGGGCCCCAGCCUGCAGGCGAAGGAUCCAAGCAUCCUUGUGACCGCAUGUAUCCUUGCGGUCUUCGAGCUGAUGGCUGGCAGCUCCAAGGACUGGCGUCGACAUCUAGAAGGUUGCGCUGGACUCUUCGAGUUCUUUGGAGUCAACGGCUUCUCGGGCGGCCUUCCUCAGGCCGUGUUCUGGUGCUAUGCUCGGAUGGAGGUUUGCGGCGAGAUUAUCUCCUCCGGAACUGAGACAACCAUGCUGCCGCUCGACAGAUGGAUCCCCAGGCCGGACAACGCCGCGAACCAUGGGUCGCCCGAGGAGUCUGGACAUGCUGCCGACACCUACGUUGAGGAGCUCUUCUGGCAGCACAGUCGAGGUUCCUGCGACAUGUACGCCAACUGGGCUCUGUAUCUCUGCGCCGAAGUGUGCAACCUGCGAUAUCGACUCGUCCGAUACCUUGGUCUCGGAGAACAAGACGAGUCCGAUAACAGACCAUUCACCAAGCGAUGGGAACAGCUCUGGUUCAGGCUGCAAAGGUGGUACGACCGGCGUCCUCGUCCCAUGAUGCCCAUCAUAGACGCCAAAGCAAAGACGGCAGAGGGCCAUCUUUUCCCCACGAUUCUCUUCUCUCACUGGGCCGCCAUAUCGAGCAACCAACUCUAUCAUGCCGCCUGCAUCCUCAUGCUCGAGAUGCGCCGCUCGAACAGCGUCACGCCCGAGUUCUCCGCUGUGUGGCAUGCUCGCCGAAUCUGCGGCAUAUCGGGCUCGAACCCGCACCUCGGCAGCUUGAUCAACGCUAUCCAACCUCUUUACUUGGCCGGCAAGAUCUUCACGCACGUCUCCGAGCGUCGUGAGGUCGCCAGAAUUCUUCUUCAUAUCGACCAGGCUACCGGUUGGGGCGCGCUCUGGCGAUUGAGAGAUCUGGAUGCCGAGUGGGGCUACGAACCCGACGAGAUGUUGAACAUGGUGAGAGGUGGUGCGACCUCCCCCACAGCCGUCGCGUAA